UGAGCGCAAAAUUAUGAAACUCAUACGAAAGUGAGUGCACAUUGUAAAUUGACUAACGUUAGUGUUAAAUGUCGACUUACUUUGAUAAGAAGCACAAGAAGAAGGAGAGAAAAAACAAAAAAUACAGCUUUUGGGAUAAUUUUAAAUCACUCAAUUAUUAUAUGACUGGACGCAAAAGAUGUUGCGUAAUAAUUCAGACCAGAUACUUUUUAAAAAAGCUUUACAAAACGAAUUGGGUCAUGAAAAUUUCAUAAUAAAAGAAAUUGAACAACAACCAACCAGUUCUAAAGCAGAACAUGGGCUUAGUGAUAUAUUUAGGAUUCUUAUAAGGUACAUAGAAGAUGGAGAAGAGAUUGACAAAAACCAAGGAAGUCUGUUAAGUUUAAUAGUGAAAAAGGAACCGAAUACCGAGGGUGCAAAAUUAGAUUUAAUACGGAAACAAGGAUUAUUUGCAACUGAGAUAACAUUCCUCUGGGAUGUACUACCACAAUUGGAAAAUCGAUUGGGUUUUUCUUUAGGUCCAAAAAUUUUUUACAGUAAUGAAAAUUCAAGUCUUAUCAUAAUGGAGGAUCUCGAGGAAAAAGGAUAUCGACUUCAAAAUAGACAAAAAGGAUUGUCAAUGCAGCAUAGUUUAAUGGCCAUUGAACGUCUGGCAAAAUUUCACGCUGCCUCUGUCUCGCUUUUUGAAGACAAACCAGAAUUAAUAAAACAAUUUAAAAGUGGAAUAAUGAGUAGAGAAACACAUGAAAAUAUGUACAAAAUUGUAGUGUCGACACUUCUCCUAUUGUCGAACUCUAUAAUUGAAAAAUGGAUCGAUCAGGAAGCUGUGACUGCGGCUCACAAAUUGAAAAAAAUGUCCGACAAUUUUGAGAAUCGAAUUUCCAAAGUCUACGAUUAUGACAACGAAGAAUUUUGUGUCUUAAAUCACGGAGACUGUUGGCAUACUAACUUAUUAUUUAAAAGCAAUGAACAAGGAACUCCAAUCAAUAUGCUUAUGGUUGACUAUCAAAUGAGUAUUUUCACGUCGCCAGCAAUUGAUCUUCUUUAUUUUCUUGGAAUAUGUCCUGAAAUUGAUAUAAAAUGCGAAAUGGACGACUAUUUCCUUCAAGUGUAUUUGCAAACUCUAAAAAUGACAAUGCAAAAAAUUUGUUACAAAACAGAAGCGCCUACUAUGGAUCAAUUAAAAAAAGCAAUUGAAAAAAGAAAAAUUUACGCCGUCUUUUCAUCUCUAAUUUUCUAUCCAAGAAUGAUUGCUGAUGAGAUUGACACUGAAACGUUUGAUGAUACUCUGGUAACUGGAAAUACAAAAAUGGAUGUUUUUAAAAAUCCUGAUGCAAUCAAGGCCGUAGGAAAAAUUAUUAAAAUUAUGAACAAAAGGGGAUAUUUAGAUUAAUUUUUUUUCUCAUCUAUAUACAAUUGUAAAGAUUAAAUGUCAUCUGCUUGCUGAUAAAUAUAAUUUUAUUAUUGAAAGACACUAGAACUAACAAUUGCGAAUUAUUAAUGUAGAAAUAAGUUUUGUUGUAAGUGUUUUACAAAAUAAACAAAUUUAAACUA